AUGAAGCUCGCUAUUUUCGCCGUGGUGCAUAUUCUAUCAGCAGUUCUAAGCGCGGUGUCUGGUACCCAAUAUAUCAGCAAUUGCGAGGGCUAUCUUAACCAAGGUGGAGAUGCAAAAUGCGGAUCGCUAGGCACUUAUUACAAUACCUAUGAUCCAAAGAACUGCACCCUUAUAUGCGAAAAUGGACAACGGCCGAAGUUGCCAGAAGGGGUUUGCUCGAACGGUGAAGUGAAAUGCACUCCAGAUGUGGAACGAAAGCUUGUAGUUUGGGACUUGAACAAGCAAGAAGAGUAUAUAAGCUAUUUGAAAAAUUCGAAUUUUUUAAGAAAGAAAUAA